ACACACAGAGAGAGGCGAGCAGAAGCCACGCUCCCCACAUUUAAUUCCGUCAUCUCUUCCCCCUCUCCUCCCCUGCCCUGACUCUCUCGAACUCCCACAGUCUUUAUAAGACCCAGUGACAGAGAGGAAGGCCAUGGAGCUGUUAACCUUCCGCCUUUCCAUGGCAGCUUGUUGCAUGGCGUUACUCGGCCAUGUUACGGUCUCUCAGAGGUCGACGAUUCAGCACCAGGAUUUUAUUUCUUGGGAUGAUUUGAGCGUGGAGAAGUACACGAGAACCAUGGAUGCUGUUGAUGGGGACGCCAGCCGUGUAAUUCUGGUGUCCAAGGACGGGACGGGGGAUUCCAGGACGGUGCAGGGAGCAGUGGAUAUGAUUCCUGAUGGUAACAAGGAGAGAGUGAAGAUACUCAUAAAUCCAGGCGUAUACAGGGAGAAGGUGAUCGUUCCCAAAACGAAGCCUUUCAUAUCAUUCAUCGGGAAUCAGAGCUCUGAAACCGUGAUCUCAUUCCAUCUAAGAGCUUCUGACCGAUACUCCAAUGGUCAGAAUGUCGGAACAUUUGAUUCUGCAACAGUCGCCGUCGAAUCCGACUACUUCUGUGCAAAUGGAAUCACAUUUGAGAACACCGCUCCGGCAGCACAGCCAGGAGAGGAGGGAAUGCAAGCGGUGGCGCUGAGACUCACAGGCGACAAAGCCAUGAUAUAUAGAUGCAGGAUAUUGGGAUCUCAAGACACUCUCUUCGACCACUAUGGCAGGCAUUAUUUCUAUGAGUGCUACAUCCAAGGAUCCAUUGAUUUCAUAUUUGGAAGUGCCAGAUCCUUGUAUCAGGCCUGCACACUCCACGCAGUUGCAGAAAGCUAUGGAGCUGUUGCGGCAUCUCAGAGGAAUUCACCAAUGGACAACUCUGGUUUCUCCUUCCUCGAGUGCAGGCUUAAUGGGACUGGGUUGCUGUACUUGGGCAGAGCGUGGGGGAGGUAUGCGAGAGUUGUCUAUUCCUACUGCCAAUUGGAAGGCAUCAUCCUUCCUGAAGGGUGGAAUGACUGGGGAGAUCCAUCCAGAAAAAGCACGGUCUACUUCGGACAAUUCAACUGCAAGGGAGAUGGUGCUAACUUGCAAGGGAGGGUGUCAUGGGCAAGAUCACUCACCUACUUGGAAGCAAAGCCUUUCAUGGACAGGGGAUACAUUGAUGGCGAACUAUGGCUGAGACUGUAGUCUGUCAUGCUGGAAUGAUGAGAACAUACUUCUUCUUCUUGUCGUACACCCAGAGGGACUCCUACUUACUGCUGCUACCUGAUACUGACGCUGACUGAUCCGACAUCCAUCAUCCUGCUGUUGGUUGCAGGAUGAUGAAAAG